AUGCCGCACGCGUGUUCGAGCAGCGCUCGCAAAGUCGUCCGCUUACCCACGUCGCUCAACCAUCUUGCCUCUCGACCACCACCACCACCAUUGCAUCUGCCGUCUCCAUUCGCAACCAUGUCGCUUCUUCGUACCUCCGCUCCCGUCUUCUCGGCCGUCCGGGCCGCUGCCGCCCGCCGCACCCUCAUGACCUCCACCGUGAGGCGAACGGACGACCCUCGCGUGCUCAACAAGGACACGCACUCGGGCGCCUCUGUCAAGGCCGACAAGCACGACAAGGACCCCAAAACGCUCCAGAAGGAGACCGCCCAGGCUGCCAACCAGUCGGGCUCCACCUCGUCGUCUGGCGCUCCCACCAACUCGGAGGAUGCCGUGCACGGCGAGAAGCACUCCAAGUCGCCAGAUCAGCUCCAGAAGGAAACCGCACAGAAGCACCAGUCCUAA